GCCGAGUUGUGUCUCACCCAAACCAGCCCGACGCCGCCGCAGUUGUAGCCGCCACCUGGGCCCGCUCAGCGACGCCAAUGAACGGCGGCACGCGGCCGUCCCGGCUGCGGAGCUGACCGGGGGACUCGGCACUCGAGCCGGGACCUGCUGCCUUCGCUUCCUCCUCUCCCUCGAUACUUGUCCCCCCCUCUCAGCCCUCCCCUGGGCUGCGUCGGCAGAGCAGGGACCGAACCGAAGCGGGUCGAGGAGGGCCCCCGCUCUUCAGUGGCCCGUUGCCGGUGCUGAACCGUUCCCAGCGCGUGGUGCAGGUGAGAGCGGCGAGCCGGGCCUCGCCUCGCUCCUGGAGCUCGGCCUGGCUUUUGUGGGCGCCACAGGAGAAGACGACGAGGUGGCGGCGGCGCUGCCUCCGUUUCAAUGGAAGUAUGUUAUCAGCUACCGGUGCUGCCCCUGGACAGGCCGGUCCCGCAGCACGUCCUCAGCCGCAGAGGGGCCAUCAGCUUCAGCUCCAGUUCUGCGCUCUUUGGCUGCCCCAACCCCAGGCAGCUCUCCCAGAGACGUGGGGCAAUUUCCUAUGACAGUUCUGAUCAAACUGCAUUGUACAUUCGAAUGCUAGGAGAUGUACGAGUAAGAAGUCGGGCAGGAUUUGAAACAGAGAGAAGAGGUUCUCAUCCAUACAUUGAUUUCCGUAUUUUUCACUCAAAUCCUGAAAUUGAAGUUUCUGUGUCUGCAAGAAAUAUCCGAAGGUUACUGAGUUUCCAGAGGUACUUGAGAUCGUCCCGUUUCUUCCGUGGUAUUACUCUUCCAAAUUCUUCAAACAUUUUAGAUGAUGAUUACAAUGGACAAGCUAAGUGUAUGCUAGAGAAAGUUGGGAACUGGAAUUUUGAUAUCUUCCUUUUUGACAGGCUAACAAAUGGGAACAGUUUAGUCACCUUAACCUUCCACCUGUUUAAUCUUCAUGGACUUACAGAGCACUUCCAACUAGAUACAAUGAAGCUCCGAAGAUUUUUAGUAAUGGUUCAAGAAGAUUACCACAGUCAAAACCCAUAUCACAAUGCAGUUCAUGCUGCUGACGUGACUCAGGCCAUGCACUGUUAUUUAAAAGAACCUAAGCUUUCCCAAUCUCUGACUCAAUGGGAUAUUCUGCUCAGUUUAAUUGCCGCUGCCACUCAUGAUUUGGAUCACCCUGGUGUUAAUCAGCCUUUCCUUAUUAAAACAAACCAUUAUUUAGCAACUUUAUACAAGAAUACCUCAGUAUUAGAAAAUCACCACUGGAGAUCAGCAGUGGGGUUAUUGAGAGAAUCAGGAUUAUUUGCACAUAUGUCGCUAGAAAACAGGCAGCUGAUGGAAAGCCAGAUUGGGGCACUGAUUCUUGCCACCGAUAUCAGUCGGCAAAAUGAGUAUCUUUCCUUGUUUCGCACUCAUUUGGACAAGGAAGACUUAUGCUUAACAGAGGAGAAUCAUCGUCAUCUUAUUCUUCAGAUGGCUUUGAAAUGUGCUGACAUUUGCAAUCCCUGCCGGACUUGGGAACUAAGCAAGCAGUGGAGUGAAAAAGUAACAGAAGAAUUCUUUCAUCAAGGAGAUGUUGAGAAAAAAUACUGCUUGGGUGUGAGUCCGCUGUGUGAUCGACAGACAGAAACCAUUGCCAACAUCCAGAUUGGUUUUAUGACCUAUUUGGUGGAACCACUGUUUGCAGAGUGGGCCCGUUUUUCAAACACCAAGUUGUCUCAAACAAUGCUUGGUCAUUUGGGACUGAAUAAAGCUAGCUGGAAGGGUAUACACAGAGAACAGUCCAGCAGCGGUGAUGAUACCGAUCCUGCAUUUGAGGAAAUGGACUCUGAUGUAGUACCUCAGGAACACCGACUAUCCUGACCCCAGAAUCUGCUUAACAAACUGCCUCUUACCUGACAUCUGUGGAACAGGGUUUGAGGAUAAAUUUUGUCUGACUGCCAAGGUUUCAGUGUAAACAAUGCCAGCAUUAUUUAUUUCCAAGCUUUUCCUUUGAUAACUCAUUUGACCUGUUUUCAGUUACAAGGCCUGAACAGAGCAAUAUGCAUAUGCCUCGGUUGGCUUCUGCAUGGAACCUUGAAUAUGCAAACCAGAAGAGUGAAUGGACCUUGACCUGGAAAAGUACAAGAUAUAUUGUUACAUGCCACAUUAUUUUGUUUUUAUUUGAUUUUAGAAGAAAUUUGAAUUAAGGCCUUCAAAGUUGCCACAUGACAUGGAUAAUUCUGUUCUUUUGGAAUUUAGCAAGACUCCAUUCAGUCCUUGUCCAAAAUGUGGAAAUGUGAAGUUCCCAUACUUGGCUGCCUAGGGCAAGAACUGAUGUUUACAAAUGUACUUGGAAACUAUAGGUUCUAAACUAACCUUUCUGCAUGGCUGUGAAGGAACCACUAACUUUAAAAAAGAUGAUCAAAUCUGAAACUGCAGCUCAUUUUCUUCUUAUUAAGAAAAGUCUCCCGUAUCACCGUUUUGGCCAUGCGUUGGGAACUGAACAUUUCACAUGAAGCACAGCCAAGCUUUUACUCCAGUGCAGAAUGGGAAUGCAAUUUUAGCAGGCAGAAAUACUUCUGAAUUUGGGGAGGGGAGGUGGGAUCAGUUGGAGGAUAGGAAGAGUCCUAAUUGUGUUAAGAUUCUGCAGUGAAAACAUUUGCAUGUUGUUUUCACUAUUGUACACUUGAACUGCACAUGCAAGAAAAAAAGGUGGAAUGACUGAACACCAGAAACAGCUCAGGGUAUUUGCCAAUCUGAAAUAAAGUGGGAUGGGAAGUGUGUCCUUCAGAACAAGGGUACAAAUGCCCCUUUCGCUGCAGUGUGUGUGUGUGUGUGUGUGUGUGCGUGAGUGAGUGUGGAUACUUGGGGGGAGGAAGGGGCAGAUGGGAAGGAUUUGAAAGGCAAUGUUUUUUAUUUAUUCUUUUUAAAAUGUGACAUUUUCAUGAGCAGCCAAAAGGGGGGAAACUAGCAGGUUGCUACAGCUGCCUUAAACUAUGCACAAAGCUAAGUGACCAAAUUUUGUUGUUGAUUGAAAAAGUGCAUUGUUUACUUAUUCCUCCCUCUACUGAAAUGUUACCCAAUAUGGGUUUUUUUUGAUGUGAAAAGGAAAAACGUUUUUAAGGACAAAUUUUAAGGACUAAUUUUUAAUCUUCAAGCAUUCCUUUUUUUGUAAUUUGUUUUUUAACAUUGUUUUAAGUACUGUAAGCACAACUGUAAUCUAUUUUGAGAAACUGGUGCUUUCUUUUUGUUCAUUUGUAUUUCCCUUGUUCUUACUGUAAAGACUGUUUAUUCCAUUCUGUUUACAGUUCGCAACAGCCAUUUUUGGGAGAGAGCUUCAGCGUAAAGCCAUUUGUUAAAGGCUUUGCCAUACUCAUUUUAAUGUGCCUGUUGCUGUUAACUUUUGAUUAAUAAUAAAAACUUUUCACAUUA